UCACACGUUUUACCAGUUGGUGGCGGUAAUGCUUCCUUCAGUUAUUUGCCAACCGCCAAUAUGGUAAAGAAGAAGAACGAGACAAUCAGAAAUCAGUUCACGUAGCUUACGAAAGAAAACGGAGCGGUUUCUUUGGGUCAGAACCAUUAACUUUUGACCCAUAGAAGAACCUAAACCGUCUCUGUGACUCUGGGUUGAUCAGAAGGACCUUAGAGUUGAGAGUUCAACCACCGAGGAGCCGCUGAGCAACUCAAACUGGACCAAAGUUCAGAGCUAAUUUUAGCCGCGGAGCUAACCUGGGCUAACGGGGGAUCAAUGGGAACGAGGCGGAGCAGCUGACCCAACCGGGCUGGACCGGACCGGACCAGACCGGAUCGGAUCCCUGUGAAGGUCAGACCUGUUGAAAGCGGACCGGAGAACUGAUGAUCGGCUGCUGACGUCAGCACAGUACACACCUGGACAGGAUGCUCCAGGGCCUAUUGAGCAACCUGGACCGGGACCGGGACCGGCCUCUGAUCCGGGUCCAGUUCACCAGCUUCGCCGUGGCAACGGUUCUGCUCCCUCUAUCGGGUCUGCUGGCCUGCCUGCUCACCUCGCUGAUGUACCACUACGAGGAAUCCACCUACACACACUGCCAGGUGUCCAACUACCUGCCGUCCAUCAGCUCGGCCAUCAGCCGCGAACCGGAGAUCUACAUCUGGCGCAGCUGCGUGGGUCUGCACUCGGCGCCGCGCUACCUGGUGACCGUGGCCUACUUCAACUUCUACCGCGGCCGCUUCAGUGCCAGGCUGCCGGAGUUGCUGCUGAGCGGCCUGGCGCUGGUCAGCAGCCUGGCUGAGAACACGGGCCUGCUGCUGCUCACCUAUGUGGCCUCCACCGAAUCCUACAAGAUUCAUAAAUACUCCUUCGUCGUGUUCAUUGGCUGCUCCCUCCUGCACAUGCUCAUCACCUGCAGGCUGUGGUUCGUCAUCAAGAGGCACUACGUCAAUCCUGAGGAGAAAACAUCCUUCCUAUGGAAAGCCCGCAUCUUCCUGUUCAACAUCAGCUGCUGCGCCGCCGCCGCGUACUUCUUCAGACGCCACAACAAGUACUGUGAGGCGGGAGUCUACACGCUGUUCGCCGCCUUCGAGUACCUGGUGGUGUUCUCCAACAUGGCGUUCCACAUGACGGCCUUCUGGGACUUCGGGAGCGCUCAGGUGAUGGUCGCCACGCUGCCGGAGGACAAGCGGUACUGAAGGGGACAGGACUGGUUCCGACCCACAGGCAAGAGCCGACCGGUCAGUCCCACAUGGAAGGAACCAAAACUUCAGACAGAACCGCUGGACCAGAUGGUGGGAGCACUGAACUAAAGCCCUUCAGGAUGUUCUGUUUCAGGGUUCUACUGGUUCCACUGGGUUCCUGGCACGGAUCCUCCUGGUUCUGAUCCCAGUUCCGCCUCGGUUCUGAACUAUUGGACUUUCAUUCAGGAACAGAACUGUUUUUAAUAAAAACCUAAACUUCAGACCGGUUUGCUGUCUGCACUGGGUUGCCAUGGUGACGAAGGCUGGUCCUGGUGCCGCUGGCCGAGUGGGUCGGUACCGGCUCCAGCUUCUCCAUCACGAAGAGCUUCAGCUGAACCUGAUGGAACCCAGUGGACCAGAACCAGUGGUUGUCAUGGUGACCCACAUCAUCUCAUAUCCUGGAUCAUGAAGGUUGCACCAAAGAUUUUCCUUCCACCUAAUUUUCUACUAUCAUGUCUGGACACAGCACAGAGCUAUGGAUGAAGUUUUCAGAUUCUCUAAACUUUUCAUCAAUAAAUAAACAUUUUAGAUAUUUCCUGGAUUCUCAGGAUUCACUGAAAUAAAGUUUUAACAAAGCUG